AUGAAAGGCUGGGAGUACGAUCCAGAAGUCCGUGGCGCCGAUAGCGACAACGACUUCGAUAUCAUCGAGCACUUCUCUGAUGAUGAGGACGCGAAACCUAGCCAAGCGGCACCGCCAACCAAGCCUUCCACUGCUCAGGCGCGUUCAACAUGGUUCCCAAAGGCAACUCAUCGGCGGUUGUUGGGUUACAGUUUAUCUAGAUCGCAAUUCACUCAAGCGGAGCCACAGGCGGCGCGUGCUGGGAGCUCCCACGGCGACAUAAGGGCCCCUACCGAUAAACCUCGGCAAAAUGAUCACAUCCAAGGGCAUAUCGACGAGAUUAAUCGUGCAUACGGAGCCAUGGGUUCGGCCCACGACGCCGCGCUCCCUGAUAUUGCCAGCAUGACGGAGGAGGAAAUCAAAGCGGAGCAGCAGUUCCUAUACGAGAAGCUUGGGAAAGACAUGUGCGACUUCUUGAUACAGCGCAGGCUGCGAAAGAUGAGAGAGCGCAAUGGGAGUACCGAAUCCGCAGGGGGUGAGGGUACCGCAUGUUCACCGCCGCACGCCAUCUCGCCAGUAGUUUCUGGUGGAAAAGGGUCCACAUACGAGCCACCUAAAGCGUUGUCGACGGUGUCUUUCAAAGUGGAUGCAGAGGAGCUUCGCAAACUGGAGUGGACUAAUCCAGUGGAACCGGAUGUAAGUGGAGGACCUAUUGACGCUGGCAAUGUGCGGCUACACCAACUUCGGUUCGACUUUGAGGGCCACUUAUUGAGCGCUUCGGGUCGUAAAGAUGGCGAGAGACAUCGGCACGAGAGUUCCUUGUACAACCACGGGAAGAAUCCCGACCAGCCUGGGUACACCAUCCCGGAGUUGCUGGAGCUCAUGCAGAGCACAUUUAAGCCCCAAGUACAGAUUGCUACGCACACGCUCUGCAACAUUGUUAGAAAUGCACACGUGUCCAGCCCUCCGUAUUUUGGAUUCCCUCGCGAGCGUUGGUUGAGGUACGUAACGCACGAUGCCAACAUGGUCGGGAGGAUGGGUUACGCAGUGAUGGAGCACAUGGGAACAUAUGAAGUGCUAGGAAGCGCGAUGAGGUGCCUCGCUAUCAUGCUAUAUGGAGAUAUGGAUCCAGAAAGCUUUGGCACUCAACAAGCAUCACCAACGGCGGAUAGCUCGGUGGUACGCUCCAACACCAUUUGGCCCAUGCAGGAAUUGCUGGCUGGGCUUCACAUCAGGGAUAUGGGCGUUGCCCUUCACCGAUGGAAUCCAUUUGUGGCUACAUUCGAGGGUGCGUCCUCAGCGUAUGCUAUGUAUGAGCGAGCAAAGUCUGCGGGGGGCAACCGGGCCACAGCUGGAUCGUCCGCUAACAACACCUCAACCAGUGGACCGGAGGACACUGACACAAUGAGGUCGCGUCUAUCCGAAACAACAGAUGAAGCAGAAUCGCGCCAUGGCGGCGGCAAAGGCGCUGCUGUGAAGUCGGUGCGAUUCGCAGACCAAGCGGAUGAUACGCCGAUGGGUGAGGAAACGCGUGACAGCAGAAUGAUAGGGUUUUACCUUGAUGCCUUAAAUGGUGAAUUCAUAAGUCUGGAGAUAGAAGACAUCAAGCAUAGGCUUGCAGUGGCUACGGGUAUUGAAGAAACGGAUUACUACACACAGAGUAAUAUGGAUGACACCGUUUACCUGAUUGUGCGCGGCGUAAUCGGUAGGCUUUGCAACGUGGUCUCUCAGCACGAGGUCUCCCUAGCCCUUAAAUCACGCUUUAUCACGUUCGUUUGCGGCCUGUUAAUGCGUCUGGGGGAGCCGUUUGCGCAGGCACUGGUAAAGUGUGAGGCAUUUUGCGACCUGCUGGAGUCUUUUACAGCAUCGCUGAUCGUCGGCACUGAGCAGCACAAAAAACUGUCGGAAGUGAUUGGAGAAAGCGGCGCUGAUGCCGAAUUACGCAAUGAUCGGAUACAUCUCACUUCAGCUGUGUUGUGUUGUAUGCGGCUGUUAUCGGUUUUCGACGACAGGGCUUUCGCGACACUGCUGGACCGCAUUGGCGCCAUAGCAUUGGUGAAGCAGACACUCACGUUCACAUACGGCUCGCAGUUAUCACAGCUGUUCAACGCCGCUGCGAAUACGCCGCCGUCUGUUAAGCCCUUCUCGACGAAACUGGUCAUGCCCGCAGUGAUGGCUGUAAGAUGCCUCACCGUCUGGGCUUUACAAAACGAGUAUAACGACACGCUCGACGAGAUUGUCCCGGUUAUUGAGCUUGAGGUGUCGACGCUGUGCAGGCUUAUUCAAAUGGACGGUUCAACCUUGAACUCCUUCAUCAGCGCCAAUGGCGUACUCCUGAUGCACAUCUUCAUACAUAUGGCAACCCUCCUGGAAGGUGAGGCGGGGAAACACGUCAAUUUCAUAUGGGACGUCGGCCGUGUCCAUGAUCUGCUGGUUGCGCUCUGUGAAAUGGGCGAAGAAAAGAGCAGCAUUGAUGCACGUCUGCUCAUCGCCAGUCUUUUUCAGUUACAAAGCGUAUACAUGCGCCACUGUAAGCGGAACGGGUCUGGUAUGAAGUUAGAAAACGUCACCAGGAGCACUGUGGUUAUUAAAUCCAUUGAAAGGUACGCUACAGCGAUUUCGGAGCAAUUUUGCCAACAACUAGUGAAAAACGACGUCUUUAACUUGGGAUAUAGAUGGUGGAGCACGCAAAUAAUGGCAGGCAACGAACAGCCGAUUGUAGUCGCACGUGAGGGUAACAAAGAUGUUGAUUCGUAUGUGGUUCCCGUGCAUAUCGCGAAUUGCAUGCUGGAAGCGUUGGAGGUUUUGCAAACCGAAGAUGAAACACUAUACAACAGCGUUCGCGCGAAUAUAGAGCCGAAGUUCAAGCUCAUGAUGAAUAUAAUUGUUGAACGAAUAGCGUUGAUGCACAAAGAUCGCACUUCUGGGACCGUUACUUUCCCAGGUGACGAAGGUAUAAUAGUUCAAAAGCCCAUACCGAUGUUGGAAUCAUGGUCAGGCUUUAUUUUGCGCGUUGUGCGCGUUAUUGGUGGGUACAGUGAUCAGACGCGUGGGGGCAGCGCUGAGCACGUAUCACCUACAAGCGUGACCAGCGAAAAUAACGACGACGCUAACGGUGAUAAAGACAAAAGCUCAACUUGGGCGGCAGGCCUCUUCGCGGCACUCACGAUAUCUGGUUGUUACGAGACAAUUGCAGAUAUUUGGAGCACAUUGUCCUCAGUAUGCGGUCCGAACAAUGAUGUGUCAAUCGGAUUGGGCGAGCAAUGCAAGCACGUGGGGGAAAGCAAUGCUAUCAGUGGUGAUGGUGCCGAUGUGGUGACGGCAUUCAGGGAGUUCAAUGAGAUGGUGGCCAAUGCAAACACGUUGGGUGACUCCAGCAUGCCUAUUAUGACAUUUAUCGCAUUCGUGCCAACGUUUUUCAUUAGCGCCAUUGCCGGAGGUACCGGUGCAGCGGCGAAUGACACGCAAAUUCUAUUAUUAGAAGCUCUCAAUAAGCGUGGGCGAUUCAGAGAAGAAUUCCUAAAAUGGGUGCCGCCUUUCGACGUUGCGAAUAGCCUGAUCAAAGCAGUAGUCAGUGCCGACAAAAACGCAAACUGGAACGUUGAUAGGCGUCUGCUCGAGGCCCUGGAAGUGCUAGUUUUCGGCAGGUUGUCGAUACUCGACGAGGAGACAUCUCUGUCUGGUACACGGGCGGCUAGUGACGUCACGGAGUUGCACGAUACCAUUGACUCCAUUGUAGCCAGGAUGGUCAGUAUGAACGUUCGCAAUCACAAUAAACACCUAUUGAUGGCAUCGGAAGGUUCAACCGGGUCGACACCAGCCGCGACCGAGCACGAUGAGCUCAGCAGGGCGACAGUAAAUGUCAUAAACAGAUUCAAUAGCGGUUCCGGGGACUCACCGUACGUGAUGGCUGUCAUAAUGCUGCUCAUUUCCGCAUUCUCGAGGCUCGACUCUGCAAAGCGCAUAUGGGCUGACACCGACCUCAUGGUAUUGUUGGGCCGUAACUUGGUUGUCGACAGGCAUACUUUGGAAAUUAUCUGCAUGCAUCCAGAUGGCCAUUUGUCACUAGGCAACGCCAUGGUAUACCUCCCAAAUUUCAACGGAAGCGAAGAAAUUCUGCGCAGCCAGCGGCGGCUGCUUCAAGAGUUUGGUCCCAGUGACCUGGAGUCUAAUAAUGCAAUCAUGCUGAUAGCGAUGGCUUCGCUCCGGAAAUACGACCGGUUGCAAAAGUAA